AUGGUUACACAGGGUAAACUUCAGAUCAACGCAGAGGAGAACAUCGAAGAUAAAAGCACAGGGAGACUGGGAUGUUUCGGCUGGCUGUUGGUCCUCAUAUCCCUCCUCUUCAUAACAGCGACUUUCCCGGUCACAUUAUUUAUGUGUGUUAAGAUAGUGAAGGAGUACGAGCGGGCCGUCAUUUUUAGGCUUGGCCGGAUCACAGACAGGAAACCUAAAGGGCCAGGACUUUUCUUUGUUCUGCCCUGCACUGAUACCUUUGUGAAAGUCGAUCUGAGAACUGUGUCCUUUGACAUCCCUCCUCAAGAGAUCCUAACAAGAGACUCAGUGACAGUGUCAGUGGACGGCGUGGUGUACUUCCGCAUAAACUGCCCUAUCUCAUCCGUGGCUAAUGUGUCCAAUGCACACUUAUCUACACGGCUGCUGGCUCAAACCACUCUGAGGAAUGUACUUGGUACAAAAAACCUUGCAGAACUGCUAUCUGACAGAGAGGGCAUAUCACUCAGUAUGCAGGCAUCUCUGGAUGAGGCCACAGAUCCAUGGGGUAUUAAGGUGGAGCGUGUGGAGAUCAAGGAUGUGAAGUUGCCUCAGCAGCUGCAGAGAGCCAUGGCAGCAGAGGCAGAAGCUAGUCGAGAGGCCAGAGCAAAGAUCAUUUCUGCAGAGGGAGAGAUGAACGCUGCCAGGGCUCUGAAAGAAGCCUCCCUGAUAAUUGCUGAGUCACCCUCUGGUCUCCAACUGCGAUACCUGCAGACCCUCAACACCAUUGCAGGAGAGAAGAACUCCACCAUCAUCUUUCCUCUGCCCAUAGAUAUAUUGCAGAAUUUUAUGAAGAGGGACUGA